UGCGAGGUACUACCAAGUUUGUUAAUCGUGUUUUACAGGAUUUCUUCAACAUGGUUACCGUUUUUACGGCCAGCGACAAAAGCUUCAGAUGUUUGUAACGAAGCCAAGUACCAAAGGAACUCGCCCAAUUUCUGAAGAUAUAUAAAGGUGAGAUCGAUUAUCUGGGAUUACCGACUGAGCUUAAAGAAAUGGGUGCUCCGAAGAAGUUGCAGACUGUCUAUUUAUACAUUUGAGUUAGACUAAUACUUCCAAUUUGCUAUAGAAUAAGGCACCAAAGUGCAAAAUCCUUGGGUGCUGUAGAGGUUGACCUACUUCUCUGUUAGAAAUACUUUUCUACGGUAGCGGUAGAUCUGUGUAGCAUGGUAGAUGACUAGAUGCAGAUGCAGUUGGUCGGAGGACAGAUUACCAAAGCGUUUGGAAGGAAACCAUUUGUUUGUCACUCGGUGUAACUGUGUAACACAGUAAGUGGGGUAACGUGUCAUGUUCAGUAACCUUUUCUCCAAACAGUCAAGCUUUUCUCAGAUCAAAUUCUAAUGGUUAGAGGAGUUUUGCUCAAUACAAGUGGAGGGUUUGAGCUGGUAAAAAGUUCGCAAUUAUCAGAUGAACCAAAUUUCAUUGAACCUCCAUCGCUUUCGCCACCUUCUGAAAACCUGCAUUGCCGAGAGAGACCUCGCUACGGGCAAAUCCCUUCAGACGCUCUAUUUAAAGGCCCAAAUACCUCCUUCAACCUACCUCUCCAAUCAUUUUAUUAUCCUCUACUCUAAAUGCGGUCGACUUUCCUCCGCGCGCAAUGCUUUCGACCAGACUCCUUACCCAAAUGUUUUCUCAUUCAAUGCAAUCAUAUCUGCUUACGCUAAAGAGUCGCAACCCCAUAUUGCGCGCCAAUUGUUCGACCAGAUUCCCCAACGUGACAUCGUUUCUUACAACACUCUUAUUUCUGCUUAUGCUGAUUGUGGAGACACCACUUUGGCACUUGAUUUGUUUUCUGAAAUGCGGAAGAUGAAUACCGAAAUAGAUGGGUUCACUCUAUCAGCUGUAAUUACUGCCUGUUGCGAUGACAUGUUUGCAAUUUGUCAAAUUCAUUCGCUCGCGGUUGUGGGUAGUUUUGAUUCUUAUGUUUCCGUAAACAACGCCUUGGUCACUUAUUACAGCAAGAACGGUCAUUUAGAUGAGGCACAAAAGAUCUUUGAUGGAAUGGGAUUGAUUAAGGAUGAGGUUUCUUGGAAUUGUAUGAUUGUGGCAUAUGGGCAGCACAGGGAAGGCUCUAAAGCAUUGGGAUUAUUUCAGGAAAUGGUUCGUAGAGGGGUCAACGUUGACAUGUAUACAUUGGCUAGUGUAUUGACUGCAUUUACUUGCACUGGGGAUAUCUCUGGUGGGCUUCAAUUUCAUGCUCAGCUGAUCAAAACCGGAUAUCACCAAAAUUCCCAUGUAGGGAGCGGUUUGAUUGAUUUAUAUUCAAAAUGCAACCAUGGCAUUUUAGAUUUUAGAAAGGUCUUCGAAGAGAUUACUGCACCAGAUUUGGUUCUUUGGAAUACCAUGAUUUCUGGUUACUCCCAGAAGGAGGAAUCAUCUGAAGAGGCCAUUGAUUGUUUUCGAUGGAUGUUACGUUUUGGUUACCACCCAGAUGAUUGUAGUUUUGUUUGUGUUAUCAGUGCAUGCUCAAACAUGUCAUCUCCGUCACAGGGAAAACAGAUGCAUUCAUUGGCACUUAAAUCUGACAUACCAACAAAUAGAAUCUCGGUGAACAAUGCUCUGAUUGCAAUGUACUCAAAAUGUGGGAAUCUAAAAGAUGCUAGGCGUUUAUUUGAGCAGAUGCCCGACCAUAAUAGCGUUUCAUUUAAUUCAAUGAUUGCAGGUUAUUCACAGCAUGGGCUCAGUAUUGAAUCAUUGCACCUGUUCCACCAAAUGCUAGAAUUGGAGAUUGCACCUACAAGCAUCACCUUCAUCUCUGUCCUUUCUGCAUGUGCACACACUGGAAAGGUGGAUGAAGGUUGGAACUAUUUCAACAUGAUGAAUGACAAAUUUGGGAUCAAACCACAAGCAGAACAUUACUCAUGCAUCAUUGAUCUUCUAGGACGUGCUGGCAAACUGGAUGAAGCUGUGAAGUUGAUUGAGACGAUGCCAUUUGAUCCUGGUUCGAUUGGUUGGGCAGCAUUACUUGGUGCCUGUAGGACACAUAGGAAUAUGGAGCUUGGAGCUAAAGCAGCUGAACAGUUUCUUCUUCUGGAACCUUCCAAUGCAGCUCCCUAUGUCAUGCUUUCAAAUAUUUAUGCUGAUGCUGGCAGAUGGGAUGAGGUUGCAACGAUUAGGAAGCUGAUGAGAGAAAGAGCAGUAAAGAAGAAACCAGGUUGUAGUUGGAUUGAAGUCAACAAGUUGAUCCACACAUUUUUUGCUGAAGAUGGUUCACACCCUAGGAUAAAGGAAAUAUAUGGGUUCUUGGAGGAGAUGUCCAAGAAGAUGAAACAAGCUGGUUAUGUGCCAGAUAUGAGAUGGGCUUUAGUUAAAGAUGAUGUCACGGGGGGAGAAGAGAAGGAGGUAAUGUUAGGGCAUCACAGUGAGAAGCUUGCAAUUGCAUUUGGUUUGAUUAGCACUCCAGACGGAGAACCUAUACUUGUGAUGAAGAACCUAAGAAUAUGUGGGGACUGCCAUAAUGCAAUUAAAUUUAUUUCGGCUAUUACUGACAGGGAAAUUACUGUUAGGGAUGCACAUAGGUUUCAUUGUUUCAAAGAAGGGAGUUGUUCUUGUGGAGAUUAUUGGUAAUAAUGAUGUGUCCUAGAUCAUUAACCUCUAUGAAUGAUUGAGGUUUUGUUUGUUGAUCAAUACAAAUUGGCAUACAACUGUUAUUGGAAACAGUGGUAGUUGAAACAGACAUACCUUAAAAAUGCAUGUGGGAGGCUGUGUGUAGAAAUGUCAAAUUGAUGUUUAUUCCUCCAAAGGGGGUGAAGUCCAAUCAUUUUAGCUGAAGUGACUCUCAUAUGUGAUGAGAUGACACAUAUCUCUCACCAAAUUGUAUUGAUCAACUGACAAUGUUUCAGGUUGAAAGUUGUAACAACUAUGGUUCCAAACACAACCUAAGAAAUAUGGUUUCCUGGUGAAGAUGGUCUUGGAGAUGUCAAAUAUUGCAGCGUUUCUCACAUUUAGUUUGGAGACAAUUCCUCAAGUUUCGCCACAAAGGGGGUUCAUUGAGAAGGGUUUCAACAUGACUCUAGUUUUGAAAGGGGGUAGAAGGAUUUCAUGGAGAGAAAUCGCCAAUCACCCAAGAGUAGAUUCAAGGUGAAACAGGAUUAUAUGUGGCUAGACAGGGUUUCAGAAAACAGUGGAAGCUCCAAGUUCUAGUUCUAGUUCUGUGCCAGUGCCACCACCUCCAGGUAUUGAAACAAAACCCAAAGCACAAGCAUGCCCGUUAUAACUCUUGGCUCCUGAGGCUCAAGAGAUUUUUCAGGUGCGAGGUCAAAGGAUGGCAAACCACUUCCCACCAUCGUAUUUUACUCUGCUUUAUAUUUGUUUUAGUUAUCUCUUUAAAGCUCAAGUUGUGUUGUGGUCUUUUAUUUUACUUACAUAUCUCGAUGUUGUCUUCUACUAGAUUUGUCUUGGAGUCCACCAUGUUUGUGAACAUGUCUUCUUCAUCUUGCUGGCUGAAGACGAUAAAGAUUAGAAAAAAAAAUGUUGUGUUUUUGGUUUUAGUUUUCAGUGCUUUGUUUGUUCGUUUGACAAUUUCCAUUCUCCUAUUCUUCUUCUAUUCCUCUCAUCUGUUGAA